AUGUUCGUUCUACUGAUUCUUCUUUGUUGUCCGUUGGUUAUCUCUUCGACGACAUUACCCUAUGCGGAAUGGGCUCAUUAUCAUAUGAUUUGGUUAUCAUCGGACCGUUCAAAUCAAACGAAUAUUCAAACAAUGUACGAUACUUACAAUCNAGAUUUAGGCGCUCAAUCAUUAGCAGAAGUGAUUCGCUAUAAUCGAACAUUGAAAGAUCUUCAUAUUGGUUAUAAUAAUAUCGAACAUAGAGGAAUCGAAGUUUUAUUUAAUGCAAUGGAUAACAAAACUUCGAUAGAGGUGCUAGGUUUGGCUGGUAAUCGCUUGGAUGAUAGAUGUCUCGAUAGUCUUGAGAAGAUGUUGAGUGCUAAUAAUAGAUUACAACGGCUUGAUCUAUCUGAAAAUCAGUUUUCAUUGAAUGGGAAAACAAGAUUAUUACGAAUUGGUUAUACGAAGAAAGGUUUUAAAAUGAGUCUGUGA